CCCAUCCUAUCCUGCUUGCUGCAUUUGAGUCAGUCAGUCGAGCACGGCUGCUUGUCAACAUGAGCGUCUCCGGGAUCCAUCAAGGAACACUCAGGAUGUAUGGUGGAUUUCUUUUCAAGCAAUGGAAGAAAAGGUUCCUGCUCUUGACAGCUGAAGGCAGCCUCCUUGUGUGUCACCAUGCUUCAGCUGCACCUGACCAGCUGGUCCUUCUGCAGAGCAGUUGUGAGGCCAUUGUGGAGGGCAAGGAGAUCCUAGACCUGCCAAAGCUGCCCGCCGGUGGAAGCCGAGAUUGCUGCUUCGCUCUCAUCUUGACCCAAAAUAAAUACCUGCUCCUUCUGACCGACACCCCUGCUGACUGCAGUCAAUGGCUGAAUGUGCUGAAAAAGGUGAAACAGAGUGUCUCGUCACCCCUAGGUCUUUGCAAGCGACAUCAAGUGCCGCCGCUCUGCAUCGCUCUAAAAGACCUUGUGCAGGACCAAAUCCAGGACAAAGAUACACCGAUUCCACCAAUCAGCAAUGGAGAGGCUCCUUCUCCGGGGCCUCUGACUGGUUCCCCAAAGGAUAAAGGCAGGAGCUCUCCACGUACAAAAUAUUACAAAGGAGGAGGCCACUCAGCGGGCUGCCUGCGUCACGGCACCAUCAACAACGCUCAGGCAGUGAGGGCCGUGUACCUGCUGAUGGGAGGGGCUGCCGCUUCCUCCGCUAUGGGCUACUUAGGCUCGUGCUCGCCCUCCAGCCUGGACGCCAAAGCAGCUGACCUUCCUCUUAACGCAGACUUCUCAGACAUCGGGGGUCCGGCGGCGGCGUACCACACAGACAGCCCCGCCAUCACCUCCCCUCACUUCAGCAACUUUGACUUUGAAAUGGCAGACGCUGACUUUAACGCUUUUGAUUGUGGCGGCUUUACUUUUUGAUAUGCUGCCGUUUGCUGUUGGAUGAUGCUGACAGAAGACCAUGACAGUCCCCUCCUCUCCUGUAUGGAACGCCGUUUCAGCAUUUAUCCCAUAUCAGCUUAAGGUCAUUGUACUCGCGCGCUAGUGGAAGACUACCUAUAGGCUGCACAACUAUCUUCAGAUUUUAUUUAGAAGAAAAUGAGUAACGAACAUAGUUAGGGAAUAUAUAUCGGAGUAAAAGGAUACAUUUUGCAGAGGAAAUGUAGUUGAGUAAAAGUCAAAGUUGCCAGAAAUAUAAAUAAGAAAGUAAACUACAGAUAUGUGAAAACACUACUUGAAUACAGUCACAAAGUAUUUGUACUCCGUUACAUUACAACAUUGACUUCAUGUUACUAGUUAGGGAAAACUGUGCACUAGUUAAUAACUGUGCUACUAGUACUACUAAUGACAUCACAAAAAUCUAAUAGUACGGCUAGCGCUUCACUAGUGGUACCUGUAGCACAUAGAGGUCCACAGUAUUGCCUCACUAGUAACAAGCAGUUGUGCACCCUAGUCAUGUUACUAGUAUGCAGAAAUGUCAUAUAGUAUGGUAAGCUGUCCAACCAUUUAUUUAAUAUCCAUCGUGAGGUCCAUGUACUAGUACACACUUUGUCCUUACUACAAAGACAAUUUAGCACAUUAGUAGAAAAGGACUGAGGUGCACUAGUAUACCAACUACUGUACAUGUUACUCAUGAGUCAAAAACUUCACUAAUUGACCUUUUUGCACAUUUAUAAUGUCACUAGUUGUACUCGUAGCAUGCAGUUGUCAUCUACCACACGGUUCUGCCUCACUCGUAACGUAGUUGUCCUACUAGUGCGCGCUAGUCAUUCUACUUGGGUGUACAGUAAUGUGCAGUAGUCGAAGGUAGAAUCAGUAGUAAGAUGUUACCAGUAAGACAUGGUCAUUAUACUAGUGCCCUAAAUCGUCUUACUAGCGAGGACAAAGAGCAGACGUGUACAUGGACCUAAAGCUGGAUUUCAAGGAUAAAUGCAUACUUCUGUCACCAUGACAACCAAUACAAAAAAAAUGGGUUUUGUGCAAAACCUUGUCUUUUUUUUAAUAACAUCAUCGGCACUGUCAGUGAUUGCGAAUGCUAUUAGAAAUAAUCGUAAAUGUCAUUUCCUUCCAACACUUGUAGAACCCAUCCCCACGUGGAUUGCUAUCACCGAACUGCAACCUAAACCUUAUCAUCAUCUACUGUUUGACCAAAUGUGUACAUUGGUGGUAUUCAUAUAAUUUGUACAUUAAGUUCAAAGAAAUCAUAUUUGUGUAUCUAUGUGAAUUUUAAAAGGAAUAAAACUGAUUAAAGGAAA